GUUGAACGAUGACCCAAAGAAGUACGAGGAACAGAUUUUGUUACACAGUUUUCGAAACCAGUUGCGCUACACCGGAAAUAUAGUACAAUUGGUAUGCAAAGUGUUUAGAUAAUCUCAACUUAAGGUCAUAAAACGUGAAAAAAAAUACUACGAGAAACUUGUUGAUUAUGGAAGACAACAUUAUCUCCUAUAUCCUUACCACUUACAAGACAAAAUAGUCCGUGGUUUGCAAAUUACGCAGUUUGUCUACUACCGUCGCAUGAUAAUUGACCUGAUUUCGACUGAAAAGUCAUAUGACUGUCUUCCAAAUUUUACUGCUGCAGAUUGCUUACGUUUGUUGGGAAUUGGCAGAAAUCAGUAUAUUGAGCUUGUUAACACUUACAAGAGUUUCCUGUCGUCAAUAGGUCCUGACGAAAAUGAAAUUCAGGGGCUUCUUUGUGACAUUCUGCCGUCACAGCCAAUCGAUAAAGUCAUAUUUGAACCUUGGUAUGUAGUUCGUAUUGGGUCAGUUAUGUUAUCUGACAUACAAGCAUCUACGGAUUCCGAGCGCAUAACGAUCGACCAGCUUAUAGAUGCUGAAAAAGCAGAUGACUUGGAGGAAUCCAACGAAGUCGGUCCCGGAAUUCUGGUUAAAGAUCUUGAUCAAAAUAUCAUCAAAGGACUUUACCUUCGUGGUUUGGUUUACAUUGAUAUUCCAGUGUCUUGUGACGACAAGAUAUGUGUCCCUACACUUGAGGGCUUCGUAAUGAAUCGUAUCAGUGGAGAUAUUAGAGAAAAUCUUUUAUACAAGAUUUUUGUCACUGCUGAUGAGAAUACAUCAGUUAGUGAACUAGCUGAGUGUCUGCAGGUAGAUGUGAAUUCAGUAAAACAAGCUGCUUCUAUAUUUUGUCGGUUGGGGUUCGCUCAAAAACGGAUUGGACGUCUGGAGAGUCGAACACAGCCUUUUCAAAUUCCAAUAUCCAUUGAGGAGUCUGAUACGCUGCUACACACGGAAAACUCAGUUGUCGACGCAAACUUAGAUUCCUUUCCAUCUGUAGAUGACCACCCUCAGCAGAAAAAAAAGUUGGUUCUGAUAUUUGAUUCGACCAUCACAGCUUAUCUCAUGAUGGGCAAUUUAUCACCCAACUUAAAGCCUCAUGCAGUUACAAUGUUUGAAGUCGGGAAAUUAUCAGAUGAUUCAUUGAAUUCUUUCAUAUUUGAAUUAAACCAUCUUGCUCCUGUUUCAGAAGGUGAAGCCGGAGUUUAUCGCGAGUAUGCUCUGAAUUUAAGAAAAACAAUCCACUUUUUGCGUAGUCAGGCUUCAUUAGACUCAACGGACUUUUGUGAUGUGGAUUUAAUUAGAGGUGGUUCGUUGUUAAGUUUAGAGGCUGAAACACGCAUACGAGUUUUGCGCAAAAACUAUAACGUAGUUGUGAGCCUUAUUCCCUCAACAUAUGAAGACCAGCAAGCUUCUGAUUCCCAAUGGCCACCACAUUUAGGACCACCUAUAUCAGAAGCUAAUUCUCCGUGGUUCGGUCUUUUUAUUUCUUGUAUCGCAAGCAAUACAAUUCAAAGAAAACAGAAUCCCAGUGUUAAUGUAUUGCCUACUCUUUUGAUAACAUGUGGUACUAGAAUAUCUAGACUUCCAUUACCUUUACGAGGAAUUUCACGCUUCUGGCUUACUGCAUGGGGUCAUGAUGCUGUAGUGGUAGACUCAACUAAUUUUUUAACCACAGCAAACGAUAUGCUUCUAUCAUCACCUGUACUUAUCCAAGCUAUCGAAAGUUAUGAAUUUGAAGAAAAUUUAUCCCAGAGGUACAUACCUUUACCUAUUUCCAAGGAAUUCCUACAACAUUCAUCCAAUUGUGUACCAGAAUUCAUAAUACAUCUUAUGAACGUUAUCGAUUUAACCUAUGUCUCUGGAUAUAUCAUAGUACUAGCUCCAAUGAACAAGUGUGAACACGACCAAGAUCUGAAUAAACUAGCUUCAGAAGACCAAAACAUUCUAUUAACUAGCACAGACUCCAUUUUACAACGCGAUCAACAAAAAAGUGAAUACAAUUGUUCUAGGAAAGCUGUUUUAGUGGAAAAUGAAUUGCUCACUAUUAUGAAAGAGCAUAAACCAAUCUAUUUCAUUACUUUACGUCUAGGUUUGCCCAUUUUUAACAUGGAAUUAAAUCACGCAGUUUGUACUCAAAUAUCUAAUCAGAAUUUACUAUCCACUAAUAACCGCAAUCAUCUUGAAGCUACUAAUCAUCUACUUGUUGAAGAAUUUACAAAAUUUAUUUUUAAUGACUGUUCAGGUUUGUUACCUAACCAAAACCAAUGUAGUUAUUCAACCCUUGUUACCAGUUCUGGUGGUAAUUUUCCUGAUACCUGGCCCCUUCCUACAAAAAAUAUGAUGUGCGCUAAUGGUAUUUUGUCAUUUUUUUAGUCUUUUUCGCCACACCUAAUAAUAUUUAAUCUGCAAUUAUUUUUGGUUGUAACGCGUACAUAUCUAUUUCGGUCAAAUGAUUUAAUCGUUUGAUGAACACUCAUUUUAAGUUUUUUUGCGUGGAUUAUCUGUUAUUCAGGUAUCACUUAGGUUUUGUCUUUUUCUAUUUUUAAUUUCUACCCGUUCUUUCGUAUUUUUUAUUUCAC